UUCCUCUCUUUCAUUCCAGAGAUUCCACUGAAAAGCUGUCACCUUUCCAAAAUACCAAGCCUGCUUCCCAACUACCACCAGCAGCACCGGCAAACCAACAACAACAAUCGCCUUUAACUAUCAAGCUAACAGCCUGAGAGAGAGCCCUCCUCAUCCUCACCUGACCUUCCUCUCACACAAGAGGAGGGGGCAGAGACAAUCCCUCUUAGUGCUGCCCAAAAGAGAGAAAAAAAAAAUAUCCAAGUCUCAACAAAGUGCUGAGCAGAGUUGCUUUUUCUCUAUCCCACCCCCUUCCUCACUUGGUAUCUCCCAGAUUCCCCCCAACAAUAACCAAGUGGCAACAAAGUAACAAUUUGUGAGGAUAUCAGAAAGAAAGGCCCCCCGGAUAAAGCUUCCGAUCGCCCUUUGGAUAACAAAACGCAACAACUUGGGACACUUCUGUGAUCGCUCUAAGAAGCCCCCUUGUUUCUUUGUGAUCUGUUUCUUAUUAUCUAAGGAGCUGCAGUCUCUUGGCAGGUCAGGAGAUUGCACCGCACAAUCGUUCGUCCGACAUUGAAGGUAUAUCCGCACGUCUAUGGCCAGCUUUAAGGUAUGAAGAUCCAAAUUAUGGAAAGAUCAGUUAUCCGGAAAAAACCCAGGUCCUGAGCAUUCUGGAUAAAAGGGUGACCCUGUAAAGGUUUUCUGAGUCGUCCUCUUUAGGUAGAGGCUUGGAGGAGCCUCUCCUUACCCUCCGGCACACAACACCAGCUAUGGACCCAAACGGGUGGAGUGAGGCCGGGAGCCCGGCGGAGAGCACCGGCGACUUGGGAGAUUCCAUGGAGAAGAGUUUGGACAACGACGCAGAAGGCGUGUGGAGUCCUGACAUAGAGCAGAGCUUUCAGGAAGCCUUGGCUAUUUACCCACCAUGUGGACGGCGCAAAAUUAUAUUAUCAGAUGAAGGCAAAAUGUAUGGCCGGAAUGAGUUGAUAGCCAGAUACAUAAAACUUCGAACAGGAAAGACACGUACUAGGAAACAGGUGUCCAGCCACAUACAAGUUCUAGCACGGAGGAAAUCCCGUGAGAUCCAGUCCAAGCUGAAGGCUAUGAACAUGGAUCAGGUAGCCAAGGAUAAAGCCCUUCAGAGUAUGGCGGCAAUGUCCUCGGCACAGCUUAUAUCCGCCACAGCCAUCCAGAACAAGCUGGGGGUGUCUAGCAUCUCUCAGGCACCGUUCCCUCCCACUCCAGGGACUCCAGACUUUUUCCAGUUUUGGCCAGGUGGUGGCCAGCCCCGACCAACGCAGGACGUUAAGCCGUUUUCCCAGCCUCCAUACCCCCUGCAGUCUGCUGCCCCCCCUCCUGCUGUACCAGGUUAUAACGCAACUCCUGCCAGUCUUUCCCCUGUACCUUCUGGGCCUGCAUGGCAGGGUCGCUCCAUCGGCACUCCGAAAUUGCGUUUGGUGGAAUUCUUAGCCUUCAUGGAUCAGCAAGGAGAACCAGAUGCAUACAACAAACACCUCUAUGUCCAUAUCAGCCAGUCAAACCCUUCCUACAGUGAUGCUUUGCUGGAAUCUGUGGAUGUUCGUCAGAUCUACGACAAGUUCCCUGAGAAGAAAGGAGGUCUGAAAGAGCUCUAUGAGAAAGGGCCUCCAAAUGCUUUCUUUUUGGUCAAGUUCUGGGCUGAUCUGAACACCAGCAUCCAGGAUGAGCCGGGUGUGUUUUAUGGUGUCAGCAGUCAGUAUGAAAGUCCAGAGAACAUGACCAUCACUUCUUCUUCCAAAGUCUGCUCGUUUGGAAAGCAAGUGGUGGAGAAAGUGGAGACUGAAUAUGCUCGCUUUGAAAAUGGACGCUUCCUUUACCGAAUCCACCGCUCACCCAUGUGUGAAUAUCUCAUUAACUUCAUCCAUAAGCUGAAGCAGUUACCGGAAAAAUACAUGAUGAACAGUGUAUUAGAAAACUUCACUAUUCUACAGGUGGUUACAAAUCGGGACACCCAGGAAUUGCUUCUGUGCAUAGCUUACGUCUUUGAAGUAUCAACCAGUGAGCACGGAGCUCAGCAUCACAUCUAUCGGCUGGUGAAAGACUGAGAUGAAAUGCCAAGCUCCCUUCCCCUCAUCUUAGCCAUGUUGGACUGGCAGAAAUAAUUGUGUGCAAAGGUGGAGGCAUCUUGCAUUUUCCUUGAGCCUCGGAACUGUCAAUGGGCAGGAGACUAAAACAAGCAACAGGGGAUGGGACCCUUAAAUGCAUGGACUGGGGUGGGGGGGAAGGAACACAAAAACCACAAAGACCUCACCCUUACAGAACCUUCUCUGUGUUAUGUUUUGAGCCAAAUGGAAUAUAUAUAAAUAUCUAUAUAUAUAUAUAUAUAAAUAUAUGUUUGUGUGUGUGAAACAGUUUCCAAAACGUGAAAACCAUGGAAAAGCCCAGAUGCCUUUUUUUUUUUUCCUCCAACUUUUUUCACAUUUUGUUGCUGCCAAGUGCAUCUGUUCAUGGUACGGAAGCAGUUUAGGGAGCAGAACAAAAAGGCGGGACAGGAGAAUAUCCUCCUCCACACACUUCCUGCUCUGAUUAUCUAGCUCCUCGGACUCCAUUGAAAUGUAACGUCUGCACUUUCCGUGGUACAAAAUGUUCUAGCUAAAUUCACUAUGAAAACAGCCCACUAAAACUCUGUAUAUGGUAAACGUAGGCUUGCACAGUAUUUUACUCUGGUUCACUUUGCACUGGUUGUGUUUAGUGGGCAGUAUCUUUAACAUAUCAGGGAGUAUCAGGAAAGCGAAUUCUACUGUGUAUUGAGUUAAAUGCCCCUUUGGUCUUUAAUAUCGUUAGACUUUAAACCCAUCUAGGUGCAUUUUAUCUUCUCUAUGGACUUGUGAAGUGUUUGGGAGGACAGAGGGUAGUAUAUAAUGUGAUUUUAUUUGUGAGUAGUUGAACAGUUCUCUUGCCAAGAAGCCUUGUCCUAACUGAAUGGACAAACGUCGAGGCAUUAUGAUCAGGUCCCCUGAAUAUCUUUUCUGGUUGGAAAGAUAGACCAAGGAGAGAUGUGUGUUUUUCUUUUUGUUUUUCCUUUAUUGUUUUGUAUGAUAAAUAUAUAUAAGCCAGAGGCUCAACCUCCUACUGUUGUCAGUGUGGCACUUCUAAUAUGUUUCUCUAAUGGGAAGCAAAGAAGAAACAAGGAACUUGACACUAAGAAAGGCCAUUGCUGAUUAAUCUCUGGCCUUAUGGACUAUAAAAAGUAGGAUUUAAAAGUAUUUAGUGACUUUCACCCUCCUCUGUCACAUAUUCAGUGCCUAAAAUUAACUUGGGGGGGCGGGGAAGACAUAUAUAUUUUUUGUAUUGAAAAGCCAAUGUGCUAAAGAGUGGAUUUGAUAUUGUACUAUGAAAAUAAUAAUUAAAAAUUGUACUUAACCGCCAGCCUUUAAUGUGCAUGUGUUGCCAAUUCGGAACUCUUAUCUCUCCUGGACGUGCACAAAGUCUGAAAUGGAUUAGUGCGGCCAAGAUCACAGUGGCCAAUACUGCAUUUUUAAUUUUUUUUACAUUUUUUUAAUAGGGAGAGGAAAGGAGGAGGAAUAUACUAAGUGGUUAGCUUGCCUAAAUUUGAUUAUUAAAUUUGUAUGCCAUAUUAAGGAUUUGUACAGUAAUUAAACAUUUUUAAUCUAAACAUAGCAAUAUCUCCGCAUGACUUCUCUGGCUUGAGGACAUAUUGCUUCAUCUUCAGCUUUUGACUUCAUUAUUGGAUUUGAAAACCCAAGGGUCACCGUUAUCAUCAGUGGAUUGUAAUAUCCUCGAAAUAUUGUCCGAACCAAAGAAAUACCGGUUGUAACUACGCAUCUGUUUCAAGCACCUUUGCAGUUUUGUUUUGUAUUCAAUUAUUCCUAAACAUUGACUAGUUUAUUGUCAAGAUCAUGUGUAAAAUGUGUCCUUAGAGCAGUGGUUCUCAAACUGUGGACCCGACCCCCUGAAGGGGCUUUGAGCAGUGACAGAGGGAGCUCAGCCUAAAGGCCAGUUAGGAUAAGAAUAGAGGGAAUGGCAGUUAGCUCUACUAGAUACACCAGGAACUAGAAGGUCAGUUAGAGUGAGAUUUGGAGUGGAUACGUUUUUGCUGUCCUAGUUAUUCUUGGAACUAUCAUUGAAUGACUAUAGUUUCCUUUAUGUAAACCAUUUUCAUGAGCUAAGGUAGGACCUUCAAGGGGAGCCCUGACUAAACGUUGAAGCUCAAAGGGGUGCUUGAACUGAAAACGUUUGAACUGCUGCCCUAGAGUUCUAGCGAAAUAUUGAAAAGGCGAAGGAAGUAUGGAGUGAUUUGCAGGCAGUUUUAUGUUUUAAAAGGUGGUUUUUGCCUGUAUGUUCUGUAUGUGAUGAUCAGCAAUACCCAAUUUACAACCAUCCAACUGUUGCUGAACUAAAGCAGCCAGAGGGAGCCAACCUGUUUUAAUGAUCAUUAGAUGGUCCUUCCGUGCCUCCCUUUUUAUAAAAGGUAUUAUGUUAUGUGAAGAAGUGGCAGUAAGGAAAAGCAGUGCUUCCAGGUUUUAAGAGAAAUAAAUAAUUGAAAAUUAAA